GGAGGGGUGGGAGAGUCCCGUCACCGUUGAGUUGACCCGGCGGCGAGCACUGAGACCCGUGCCCACCACCACGGCGCGCUCACUCGGCGCGGAGCAGCACGCUCGCCACACACGCGCCAGCUGAGCGGUCGGGGUGGUGAUGGGCCGCGUGUGAUGGAUGGGUCGGGUGCGUGGCAGUGCCGGUGAGUGUCGGUGAGUGGCAGUGCCAGUGAGUGGCAGUGAGUGGCAGUGCCGGUGAGUGUCGGUGAGUGGUAGUGCCGGUGAGUGGCGGUGAGUGACAGUGGCAGUGAGUGGCAGUGGAAGUGAGUGGCGGUGAGUGGCAGUGCCGGUGAGUGGCAGUGAGUGGCAGUGAGUGCCGGUGAGUGGCAGUGGAAGUGAGUGGCAGUGGAAGUGAGUGGCGGUGAGUGGCAGUGGCAGUGAGUGGCAGUGCCGGUGAGUGGCAGUGAGUGGCAUUAAGUGGCAGUGCCAGUGGGGUGCGAUUUGCCGAGUGCAUGGCGAGGAGUGCGUGAGGAGGUCGCGAGGUAGCGGUGGCCGCAGCGGUGAGCGCUGCGCUGCGACCCCGGUCAACAGCAGUGUCGGUUAUCUGAACCGGUCCCGGACCUCCCCGAGUUCGAUUCUGGUGCGAUAUGUAAACGUCGCCGCUGGGUCGACAAAAAAGUGGCCGGGCGUGGUGCUGGUCACCCACCCCCUCGUGUGCCGUGCAGGCCGUCACAGGUGCUCGUGGACGACGCUUAGCCCAGAAGUCUGUUAGGGCUCCACGGGGGACCUUGUGUGAGUGCGGUGUGAGUACUGCUGUGUGAGGAGUGCUGUGUGAGGAGGAGUGCUGUGUGCGUGCUGUGUGCACGCAUCGCGUCGCGCCGGGAUGCGCGGCAAGAGUUGGGUUCUCCCGCAAGUCCGGGAGCUGCACACGAAUGACAACAACAAGACAGAUUUCUGCAAUCCUGCAUUCGAACCCAGUCCGACUGAGGGAGAUAACGAGACACCCGAUGCCACUCCAGGCGUGCGGCAGAGUGUAUGGAGCGGCGUGUGCAGCGUGCGCAGGCUGCUGCAGGGAGUGGCGUUUGUGCUGGGAGCCGCUGCUCUUGCAUCAGCAGCAGCGAUCACCACCCACACCCUGCUGUCCCAGUCGUCUCGGCCGUGGAACAACGCCACGAAUGCGCCAAGCCCAGACUCGCAGGUGAUAGGCGGCACCACCACCGCGUCAACGUCUCUCCCGGGCCUCACGCUCGGCCCUCCCCAUCCAGCGCUUUGCGGAGGCGAGCUGCGGGGCCUGUUCGGAUCGUUCCACACCCCGGGCUACGCGGAGGGGGCGCGCUACCCGCGCGCGGUGCGCUGCGAGUGGCGCGUGCAGGUGCCGGCACACCUGCACGUGGCGCUGCGCUUCUGGGGACGCUUUGCCGUGGAGGGGGCCCCGCCGUGUCUACACGACGCGCUCACGCUCACCGACGCCGCCACACAGACGCCCAUCACACGGCUGUGUGGGGGGCGGGCCCCCCCAACGCUGCACACGCACACGCACUCGCUCCUCGCAGUGUUCACCUCCGACUCCAGUGUGGAGGAGGCAGGGUUCAACGUGACGUACCACGCACACCACCCGGACACGCUGGAGUGCGCGCAGGAUGAAUGGGCGUGCGACGUGGGACGUUGUCUCCUGCCGCAGUUCGUGUGCGACGGCGUCACAGACUGCGUGGACAGGAGCGACGAGGAGAGCUGCAACGGCACCUUCCAGCUCGGUUGUGGAGGGGUGCUCACAGACUCUGAAGGCACCAUCACGUCGCCUCUCUACCCAGAACCAUACCCCCCGUUACAGGUGUGCGUGUGGCGUGUCGUGGUGCCCGAGGGGCUGGUGGUGGAGCUGCACGUGGAGGAGUUCCACCUGGAGCCCCACCCCCUGUGCCUGUACGAUCACCUCGACGUGCUCGACUCACCACCGGCACGCACGCUCAUUGGCCGGUUUUGUGGGUCCCAUGUCCCACCUCCUCUGAUCUCCUCUGGUAACGAGCUGCUGGUCAGUUUCGUGUCCGAUGAAGAGACGACGGCACCUGGAUUCAGGGCAACCUACAUCGCCGUCAACCAAUCAGAGCGUGGGUGUGCGGAGGGUGAAUUCAAGUGCUUUGCCCCAGUGGCAUGCAUUCCCAUGGAGUGGGUGUGCGACGGUUGGUUUGACUGCGUGGACGGAAGUGAUGAGAGAAACUGCACUGGAUUGGACAUCACACAAACCAACAACAGUGAUGUGGAGUGUGAAGGUGUGCGAGUGGAGAUGUGUAGCGGACUCAGCUACAACCUCACGUCGUUUCCCAACGUCCUGCUCUCGCUGCCCGACCAAGACACAGCGGAUGCUCUGCUGCAGCAUUACAAGGUGCUGACGGAGCUGGCGUGUUACCCUCACCUGCGCUUCUUGGUGUGCGCCGUGCUGGUGCCGGGCUGCGUUCCGGGAGAGGGCGUGCGGCCCCCGUGCCGCGAGGUGUGCGCCGAGGCGUUAGACGCCUGUGCCGAUGCGAUGCGAACUCUCAGCUUACCCUGGCCAAUCAGUUGCGAGCUCUAUCCCGAGGCCGCCCAGGGUGGCUGCACCCUGCCCUGACAUUUGACCGCGCGACCUCUCAACCAGAACUCGAGAAAUACGAUGGUGAACCUAACUCAGAUUCCAGAGGAGCACACGACCAAUAUACAACCAUGCCUAGAGUAAUCUGAAUCCAUGUCCCCAAGCGCAAAUUACGAAGGGCUCGAUAUGUAUGUUGCCAAGAAUGUGCUUUUUUUUUUAAAGCUAUCGAAUUUCUGGGAGGGUCAACCGGAACACAUGGUGAGUUGGCCAUCACUCGUGUCAACCCUGCCCACGAUUGCACACUCAACCCCUAAACCCCAUUCACAGAGCAGUGAGUGGCUUCUUGCUCCUGAUAUUGGCCCCGCCCACUGCCAAUUGGCCUCACCCACCCUGUGCCCGCACAAGGAGUCGAACACGAAUGCAUGAAAGACAUUGUAAGUGGGAUAAAAAUGCUGAUCUUCACAACAUUUUCAGAACACUGGGACAGCCAUCCUGAACACUGGGACUGAACAGGACAUUUGAUAGCUUUGUCAGAAUUUUGGCUGAAAUGUGUCGACGUCUUUAUCACCAGCAAUGGGGAAACUAUUGAAUAUUAUUCAUUUUUGGUGGUGUUUUAAAAUAAUAAUAAUAAUAGUGAAGCUAGCUUGCACUCGACUGCGGACUUGUGUCAUGAGGGUUGAUCCAUGCUGUCUUUGUGUUGUAAGUGAUGCUGCAGAGCAUUCGUGUUCUCAGAACCAACCCAGUUGUAAUCAGAUCUGUGCCAAAUAUGUGAAAAAUAUAGGUAAGAUAAUUCAUUGCAGGUUAGCAAUGUUUUGAUAAAAUCUUUCAGAACAUCAUAUUUUCCACGCUCUUUUCAGAAUAGUACCGUGGGGCUGGUGUUUAUUUUUGUUUUUAUCAAAGCAAUUAGUGCACAGUUAAUAAUAAAACCAAUUAUUUGGCAAUGCUGCUGCGUUGGCAGUGGUGGACCAGCACAAUGAAGAACAAAACUCCACACAUUCGUCAUAAACACCGUGACCUUAAAAUAAAAAAAAUAUAUAAAAGAGGUGACGUUUUGGGCAAUGGCCCUUCUGGCAAGCAGAAGCAGAAUCAUAAUAUUUAGACUGGAGGAGGAAUCUGACGAGCUAUGAAGCUCUUUUUCACAAAUGUCCAGUAGGGGCGAGUCAGAAAGUUACAACAAACAAACAAUACAAAAAUGAUAGCAGUGCACAAUACAAAACAAGUAAACCCGUAAAAACAAAAUUUUUCACUAUAAAUCCUUUAUAUGCGUGGCAUCGGGGCGGCUAGAGUCCUCUCGUCCUCUGGCUUGAGAUGGCUGCCACCUAUGGGUCAGAUGAUUGUCUGGCAGCAUUAAAAAUAGGUAAUUAAAUAUUAAUUUAGUUUUCCCUAAACAGUGUAAAAUGUAGGAAUUUUCAGGAAAAUGCAUUGUCACGCACAACGAGUCUGUGUGCAAAAUGUCAGCUCGAUUGGAUCACGGGAAGUGGGUUAAAACACGACCGAAAGAUUUGCACGGUCCUAAGCAAGCAAGCGAACUUAAUAUAAUGGAUUAAAAAAGGUAAGCAAGUCAUUGAAUAUAAAUACAUAGAUACAAAAAUAAAAUUACUGUAUAGUAGUCGGAUUUUUUCAACACAAUGCAAGAGUGGACAAAGCAUUAAAUCCCAUUUCUGGGGCCAACACAGGGGCUGCUUCAUUUUUACGUGCUGUGAAGACGGGCUAUUGCCCGAAACGUCGCCGAUUAUAUAUAUUUAAGACCACAGCGUUGUUGACGAUUCUAUUGAGAUAAUACGAAACAUGGGCAUAAAUGCAUUUCAUCGUAUGCUGUCCACUUUGAUAAGGGCUAUAUUUGUAAGCGCUUUGGUUAACGUGUUGAUGUCACUAACACACACUGGUAUCGGUUGUCUGAACUACAAUCUCAUAUCUGCCUUAAUUUGAGAGGAGCAUUGUGUCAAAAAGUAGUGAAAUAUUAUUGCUGAGGUUUGUUUUUUAAUCAGAUGUAACUGGUUUGAUUGCUGAUGUGCUGGCAGACAUUACUUUCACAUAGCGAAUGGUAUUUUUUAGAGUGUGAAUUUGCAUUUAUAUUUUUUAUAUCACCUUUUCAAGUUUACUGUGCGUACAGUGCUAUCGUAAUUUCACCGCUGUUUUCCACUAGUCAUGAGUUUUCUAUAUGAUGCACACUGCUUCAACUAUAGCGAUGAGUUGUGGAUUUAAAAUUUCUGGAAUUUCUGGAAUUAUUAAGGACGAUUUAGGAUAUAUUUUUUCCAGAUUUUCGGAACACUUACAUUUCAUUCAUAUGUAACGUGUCUUUGUGUUAACAGGGUACGCUUUGAUGUCACACCGCAUCUUAGCACAUUGCUGGCUGUGAUGUCACAAGCUGUGCUGUCAUAGAGCACAGAGCAUGCUGCGAUGUCAUAAAGCACAAAGGACGAUGUGAUGUCUCAGCGUGACGCACUCUGCGAUGUAACAGACAACUCAUGCUGUGAUGUUACAGACAACAUCCUGUGAUGCCACAGAGGACAGAUCAUAAUGUGGUGUCACAGAGCAGAUUGCAAGCUGACGAUAUCACGGUGCAUAUAACGUUUUGUGAUGUCACAGAGCAAUCUGAGAAGCACAAAAGCACUGAGCACGGUGUAUAGUCACAGUACAUCAAUAAUUCUGUGAUGUCAGGUUUUCCAUUAACUAUGUUAUUCAAAUCAAUUUGCCGUUUAUUCGAAUAAAAGCGACGUAGAAAAUCAGCUCAGAUGAAAAUGCGCUCUGCUCUGUACACCCUUUGUAACGAACGUGUCCUGCUCGUGCACAUGAUCAACACGUUUCAGUCAUUCAAUAAAUCGUUUUGACCACU